UGCCCAAUUGGUACACCGUUUCUCUUCUUUCUACUCAGGCUCACACACCACACGCCACCACCACAGCGCCUCCACCCCUGCGCUGCACGCGAAGCUCAGCUCACGGUGGAGGAGGAGGAGGAGACAGUACAAGGGCGAGAGCAGAAGCACGCGAGGAGAGGAGGGCACCACCACGCGAUGGCGUGCAUCAACAUGUACAACCCGGACGGCGGGGCGGGGUUCGGCGGCGGGCCGCAGCCGCCGGUGGCGCUGGGCCCGCGCAUCUCUUUCUCCAGCGACUUCGCCGUCGAGCCGCCGGCGCCGGUGCAGAACCGGGCGCUGAGCCUGCGCUGCCAGGAGGAGGACCUCGACUUCGAGUUCUCGGUGGGCAGCCACCCCAUGAUGGCCGCCGACCAGCUCUUCUCCAAGGGCAGGAUCCUGCCCUUCAAGGAGGGCGGCGCCUUCGCCCGCCGCCCGCCCACCACGCUCCGCGACGAGCUCCGUGGCGACAACGACGAGAAGGCCUCAGCCAAGGGGUCCAGCAGGUGGAAGGAAAUGCUCGGCCUGCGGAAGGCGCCCUGCGUGGGCGGUGGUGUGGCCAAGAAGAGCGACAAGGCCAUUGCCGACGCCGACGUCAUGGUCACCGACAUGGCCGCGUCCAAUCAGGAGCUACGUUGAGGUGACCGAUGGGGGAGACAGACUCACAGACAUGGGACUCAAAUUCACAUGCUCCAAAUGAAGCUUUUGCCCCCCUCCUGAUGCUGUUGAUCAACUUCUCGAAUUGUGCUUCUCAUCUAUCGGCUAGUUUUUGUAGAUUGUUUGUUAAUCUUGAGUUUGCUUGUGUGCUAGCUAGAUGGCCAGUGUGUGAUGAAAAGAGCCAAAAAAAACUGUGUAUUUUUCUUCCAUUAGUGCUCUCUCUGGCAAACUGUCCACUCACUAGACCCAUGGUCGGUCUCUGCUUCCUCUCACCUUUUUUCACCUUUUCUUUUCACUUCUUGCUUUCUCCACCCUGUACAAAAUGCUUGUGUAAGUAGAUCAGUAGAUGGGAAAUUCAUGGUGCAAUGAUCAGUUUGCCAGGUGGCCAGAUCUGUCAAGUGAGGAGCCUGUGUUCGACAGUCCUGUGGGGGAUCAACAGUGUUCUCCUUUGUCUCGUUGCUCCGCUGUAUGAGUAUAUAAAGGGGGACAAGAGCCGCAGGGCGAGCAUGUGUGAGACGACAGGGAGAUCGAGUGCAUGGAGGAAGCCUCCCUGGCCUGGCUUGCAUCAUGAUCAUUUUUGUUUCUAGCCAAGCGAUGUUUUUUUUCCUUUUCUUUUGAGAAAUUAAAUCUAAACUCUGUUUGAUAGAGCUUUAAUCUUAAUAAUUUUUU